AUGGCCUCGCGGGAUUUUGCUUUGCCAGGUGGCAUACCGUUUUCUUCUAUUACUCGCGUGGACGCUGCCUGUGCUUACACUAGCGGGAGAUCUGCUGUACGUUUACUUAACCAUCCGGCCUUUUCCACUUAGGCCCUCGAAAAUUGGGUGCCGGUGUCGAUGGACAAUUUAUAUGACAGCUUUCGAAUGCUGCUCUGGACGUAGCAGUCAUAUGACAGGAUCCUUUAGUUGUCUAUCAAUUACUUUCUGUACUUGAACUGCAAGUACUUCCCGCGGUCCACUGCUAAGCUGCUGCACAGUUGCGUACCCAAGUCGAGUCAAUAUCGCCUUAUCACUAAGGCACACCCUGACAGCACUGUACUAGCGGGCACCGGCAUCUCAUAUUUGUGGUUUUAUAUGCGGCUAGUGGUAUGACAAAGCACAGCCUGUGUGAGUAACUCAGCCUCACUGCCAUGCCCCGCCACUGGCGCCGGAUACGCGGAGGACUGCUGGACGGAUUUUGCCUUGCAUGGACUAUUGAAAGUCAGCCAAUCACAAAAUAGGCCGUAGACUAACCGUAGGGGUUAGUCCUUAGCGAGUGCUAUGUUAUUAGGGCACUAAAGCCCGGUCCGUUUAUUAGUCGCCCUUCUGUCAACCGACUGACAGCGUUGCGCGCCUCUGGCUACGCUCAGACUCGCUGACCCCAGCGUCGUUAUGAUGAGGGUGUUCGUGAUCUCUUUCGCGGCUAUUUUGACUAAGGUCUCCGCAUAUUUUAUACGGACGCCAUUUGCUUGACCGGGGGAAUCAUUGCGCCCGUGGUAGAUCCCACCUAAGCAUAGUAGUGUUAUUAAGCCAUCGAGGUGGAUGCUGAAUCGCCGACUGCAUUUACUUCGACCAGUAACGAGAAAAUAGUGACUUGCCCUAAAGAGGUAGUUAUGAGACUGGUCUCCACGUUUAUUGAAUUUCAGUAGUCAAAUAUGACCGUUUUAAGCAUUCAUUCUCCUGAUGCAGUUUUCGUUUGCUUGAUGUGUGGAAUACUUAAAGCCUCUAAUACUUUUCAGAAUCAACGUAGUGUUAGAGUCCUUUAUUGGACGCAAAUUCAGACUACUUCGUUGUACAAUCACCUACGUCGCGAGCUCUCGAGAUGAAACCCAAAGGGACGGAUAAGAUGUUGCACCCAUCUAGCAGGAAGGCUAAGAAGCGUAUCUCCCAGGCUCAUCACGUCUCAAAAAUCAACAAGUAUAUAUGCAUGUCGAUGUGCGUCUAACAUUCUCAUAGAAGGAAGAAACUCCGCAAAUGCAAGGACGAGUUAAAGAGUACGAAAUGAAAUCUUACCCUCGAAUCAUAUAGGACUGAAGCUGGCUUGGUUCAAGGAUAACAUUCCGAAGGACGCCACCUCCCUGUCGGAUCUUGAGAUCAAACAACUUAUGGCCAAGUAAGUCUUUGGCGAAACGUAUCUUUGUGCAAUGAUUUACCGUACUAACAACACAGGUAUUAGCUAAAAGCCCAGACACGCGUCUUUCGCCGAUCUUAUGCUGCUGCCUGGCGCAGCUGCGAGGGGUUCGGCUCGUCAGUAGGUCGAAGAUUUACUCCAAGUUCGCGCAUUAAUUUCCUGAGAAAUUAAACAAGGCAAGUUGAAACUGGAGUUCAUAUACCAGAAAAACACGGGAAAGCUGGGGGACCCACUGACGAGCCGAACCCCUCGCAGCUGAGCCAGGCAGCGGCAUAAGAUCGGCGAAACACGCGUGCUUGGGCUGUUAGCUAGUACCUGUGUUGUUAGUACGGUAAAUCAUUGCAGUUCUAUACUACUGGCUGCCUGUUGGCGGUUUGUGAAUAUUAAGCGGUUAUUCCGCAGUAGCCGAUGGAUUUCAGCUCAAAUAUUCAUAUCAAACUUUGGACAGUGCCUGAAAAGGCCCGUUUCGAAAGAUUUACUCCAAGUUCGCGAAUUAAUUUCCUCGGAAAUUAAACAAGGCAAACGUAUCUUUACAUACGGAACCAAUACACAGUACCACCAGUCAGGUCGUCUAAAACUGUCCUUAUUAGCAUUAGAUGGUCACCCUUUUUGUUCUCGCUCCAUAUUUGAUGUAACGUCCAGUAGAUCUUCCUGUUUGGUCAUAAACACCCCCCCCUGGAGAUCCAUUAAUCAGUGCGGAGAGAAAAAAGCAUAAUCUACCAAAACGCCGGUAACAGAAGUUUCCACGACCCCACUAUACGGCUAAAACGUUUCCCCGAAGUCCACUCAGUUUGAUGUUUUUGUUCCACAGAUAUCUGCGAAGAUUCAGCGCUGAAACAAAGGCGGAACGGAAAGAAGUUGAAAAUUGUUCCGUUUCAAUGUCUAUAGAUAUGUCCAACGCAUUCGUGGAGCAAGAGAUGCGGGAAUAUAAGACGGCCGGUCUUUCCAUACCAGACUUGACCUCGAAAGUAAAUGUGGAAAAACUAAGGUAGGCCUCGCAGCUUUAGGCAUUUUCUUGUCCUUCAGAAACUGGAAUGGCGAAGUCGCUCAGAUGGCCACGGUCCCGAUGACUGUUGUAAAGCACACUGACAAUAAAAAGUAG